AUGUCUUCUCCAAGCUCUCAAGAUUGCGAAUCAGACUUACUUAUCUUCAAUACGAAUGAGGUCAAGUUUCUAUCCCAUCCUUUAUCAGACGCAGCCCUUGACCACAACGGAAUGUCGUUCAUCGAGGACUGUGGCGAUUUGAGUCCUGAACGAGAAUUGUUUCACUCUGAAAGACCAGAAGAUGACUUCUGCGGAGUGCUAAAAACGACCAAGCGAAAGGACGGCCCGGAAAUGAUGAAUGGACAUCAGCCUGAUCACUUGAGACCAAGUUGUUCGACUCAGCCGGAAGAUGAUGAUGCCGUAGACGGCCUGCUUGCGGAUCUUCAGCGUUCACACACUCCUACCCGAGACGUACCUUCUUCACAAGCAUCAAGCGACGAAAGCUCACUUGAACCUCUGUCGGAAGCCUUUGAGGUCCCUAUGCCCGUGUCCCCUCCUUUAGCUGCUAGGGAACUUCCAAGCCAGCGAGACUCAAGAAGGCACAGUCAGACGUUUUCCAAGCCUAUAUUGGAGAGUGAAGUUUUCCAACGUUUGAGGCCAAAUUCUACGAUGGCUACACCACCUCAUCCGACGCGGUCACAUAAACGGGCAAAGUCUGAGACACCUUCAACCCUCAACAGUCCUACUGAAGAGCGCAAGCAUUGGACGACAUACGACGAUGGUUUUCCCGGACACUUCUCUCACUUCCAUCUCGAGGGUGCCUGUCGACCCCACUUACCAGUCUCAGUGCCCCCAUCUCCAAUGCGCGCACCGAUAAACCUUAGUUCUCCUCUGAUUGCCGAUGUCAAUGUGGCCAAAAGCAGGGUACUGGUAACAAAGACUCAUUGUUUUUACCCGGAGAAAUCGACUUUGAUACCAUUUUCAAGCUGUUUAUUAGGGUUCCAACUUGUCUUCCAUUCGUCAGACCCGAAGGCAAGAAUCAAGCAUUCUCAAAUAAAGUUAACCAUACUUUCCUCUGAAGGCAUCUCCUCAGGUGACACUCCCGUCAUUAAAGCAAUCUAUCCUUCUCAAGGUACGAUUCACAAAACUGGAGACCAAACCUUGGUCCGUCGAACGGAUGAAAAUUCCAUAGGAGUGAAAUUAGGCGUAGACCCGUAUGGGGCUAUGAUACUCAGCCAUACCCAAUCCCGCACACAAGAAAGAUAUACGGCGCCGUAUCUCUUGGGUUCCGGUAUUGAAACCAACAAGCUGUUGAUCACAAUGAACGAAGAUAGUUCUCUACAUGCGGGGGUACCGCCCUCGCUGGCGUUCGCUAUCUUACUUUACCUCCCAAGCGAAUCUACAAAAGCAUUCCAAGCUGAUUUAACCAUCGAGACUAGCGUCAGGAAUGAGAUAGGAGCGUCGAUUCGGAAGAUGUGGGCCAGCCCAAAGGUUUGGAGGUUGAAUUACGACGGAAAAACCGAGCUGGGCUGUUUGAAGAUGCACUUAUAA